AUGCUCACCAACGUCAACUCCUUCACCCUCUCCCCGGGUCAAGACUUCCUACGCUCCCCGGUCAACUGGAACGAGCUCUCCGGGUCCAAAGACUGGAAGACACUCUCUUGGAUUCGCACAAAGGCCACCUGGAUCGAAGCAAAUCUCUUCGAAAAGCUCUCAUCUCACCCCGACAAUGCUGCAUCCCUCAUUCUCCUCAAAACAGCCGAUUCCACCCUCGCGCUCUACCCCGUGGGCACGUCCGCCAUCAUGGCAAAUCUCAAAGUGGUGGACGGUGUGAUUCACGCAAAUCUUCGCCGUGAAGCUUUAGAUCGAGAAGAUACUGCAUACGUAGUCUGUGUCCGAGCUAGUGGAUGGGAGGAGAACGACAUUGUCAAAACUGCCGUAGAGCAAGCUCGGAAACUUGUCGGCGGUCGUCCCAAGCCUGAACCCCAUUAUGGCGGCUUCUGGGACGGCGUAGGUAUCUGCUCUUGGGAAGCGAUCAAAACCGUCGGAGAGAAGACCGGUCAAUUCCGAGCAAGCAAAGACAUUCUCAUGAAUCUCAUCCCCUCUGAUCCCAUCAGCACGUUCCUCAUCGACGACGGAUGGCAGGAUAUCCGGUAUGACAAGGAUGGGGAUAACUGGAGUCCCCGUCGACUCCACUCCUUUGGCACUUGGUCAGGUUUCGGAGGUACCAUGGACGAAGUGGUCAAUGCUAUCAAGUCAAAAACCGAUACCAAAGUCGGCGUCUGGAUGACCCUCCAGGGCUAUUGGUUCUCAAUCGAUCCAAAGUCGGAGCUCAUGAAGACGUACAACUGUGUUCAAUUCAAAGACGGUAAUGGUGUCCAAACUGGUCCAUUGGAUCCAGAGACCACAGACGAGCCAAGGUAUCUCUACGUGCCUAGGCCGGACAAGGCGAAGCAGUUCUGGCUGGACUGGUUCACAAAGCUCAAGUCGCAGGGGAUUGACUUUGUCAAGAUCGACAAUCAAGCCGGCUACGAUAUGUUCACCGGUGCUGGCUGUAUCGCCGCUGCCCAAGCCAUGUGGCGUGGAAUGCUCGAAGCCGUCGUCGAAAUCUUCGGUUCAGUCGACCGCGUCAUCAUGUGCAUGUCUCACAAUGAGCGCAUGCUCAAUGGCCCGGGCGGCCUCGACUUUGAUCGACCCGCUGGCGAGCUAGUCUUCCGAAACUCUGACGAUUACAACAUUGGAUUUCCCAACAAGCAUGUCGAGUUCCCUUACUGGAACUUGUACUCUGCAAUCCUCCACAAUCACCUCUCAUUCCGUCUCGACUUUGAUAUGUUUGCCUCUACCCCCGCGGAUCACCUCCCGGUGUACCACGCUCUUCUCCGAAGCAUGUCCACUGGCCCGAUCCUCAUCUCCGACCUACCAGGUGACGUUCCUGACGAAGCCAUCAAACGCAAGAUCAUCUCUAAGACUUCCGACGGGAGCAUCAAAUCCGUCAAAACAUCCACUGCUGCCGCUCUCCUGCCCAAUCGAUGGUUCUGGGACAAUGUCCGUGCCGCUCACGGCGACGGUCCCGCUAUCGUCGCCGGAGUGGCCGUCCCCUCUGCCCAUGGCGCUCUGAUCGGUGCAUGGAACUCGCGUGAUCAUGAGAAAGGAGGCAAAGCUAUCGACGCCAUUGGUCUCCGUGACGUCGAAGAUGUCCUCGGUGGUCCUCUCGAAUCCGACCACGUCCUAUGGUCCGUCGGACUCUCUUCCAAACCCACCAUGAAGAUUGCCACAAAGGGCUGGAAAGGUAGUCUGCCCAUCAGUCUCGACAAAGACCACGCCGAAGAAAUCAUCGUUGCCAAGAUCUGGCACGUCGGUGGGAAGCAUAUUGCCGUCCUCGGCAUGAUGGAUAAAUUUGCCACAUUGGCAGGUGUGACCGUAUCUAUGGAGAACGACUCGUUAUCUAUCCACACGACAUUUGAAACUGACCAGCUCACCGUCGUCGCCUGGCCUGAACUUGGUCUCCAGUCCACCGCCACCAUCUCUGGAGAUGUCACGGCGCAUCAAUACGUUGUCAAAGGGAAUCCUGUCGCAGACGGAUGGAAGGUGGAAUUGUAG